AUGCUGCCUCCUGACGAUGAACGCACCACCGAUACCAUCCCCGAACCUCUCCAGUCUUCCAUCAAACACCUAGACUACAGUGACCUAUUGUCGCUCGCCAGAGCCAGCAGAUUGAUCUAUGCCGAAGCAACGCCCGUCAUCUACGCUAAUGCGCAUUUGGAAUACACCUUUGGUGAACGUCACGAUAUUAUGAGAGGUCCCACGCUUCUUCACGAGUUCCUCGAAAAGCUUUCAUCUGCAUCUUCCGCACUCUACCACCACUUGACAAUCAUUAACAACAACAACCAUGCGCCUGGAAGAUCUCUGUCCGCCAAAGACAUGAACAUCCUUGUCGAUUUGAUCAACUCGAAGCUACCCAACCUGAGUUCUCUGGAAAUCAGAUCCAUCGACCCUGAACUCGACACCUGCUCAAAUGACGAAGAUAUCGGGUUCGUCCAAGACGCUCUUCGGAUCAUUGCAGCCGCAAGACCCGUUGCCCGUCUCGCCUCAUGUCCCAAAGUCUCCUUGGAACCGAGACUGAGCUUUUACCUUGCCGACGACAUAACGUACGACGAAGAAAUCACGUUGAUCAUGACUGUUCCGGAGGCAUUGAUAGUGACAGAAGUCGUUCCAACGCUGGUUGGGAUCAAAGGCUGGCGACGUCAAGCUCAGAGUCAUUACGCAACAACUCGUCAACAAGGAGAUUAUCUCAAACUCACCUCUGUUCUGCGCUCCAAGAUGGUUGGGGAUGAGCAGACUACUGGUUCUUGA